GAUGAGGGGCGUCACCUGCCAGAAGGUGGGGCUGGAGACAAGCCUCCCCGCCGCCUCCCUUGGAGCUGCAGCCGGAAGCCACAGGAAGGACGGGAGAGGAGUUUGCCCGCCCGGCCUGGGAGAGGCGGAUGGUCUUGGAUCAGACUCUCAUCGAACAUUUCUCAGAUGUUGAGUGUCUUUCCAUCCUUGAGUCUGUGGAAUUCCCAAUAGCAGCAUGAUUUCUUCAAAUGAAUAUGGCUCCAGCUCCUGGGAACUCAUUGUCACUGUUGACCAACCUUAUGAAGAACCAGAACAGAGCACCCUCCAAGUGUCAGGUGAUCUUCAUAUUGGAGGAGUGAUGCUCAAACUUGUGGAACAAAUCAGUGAGUACAAAGGUGUCUCACAGGACUGGUCAGACUAUGCCCUUUGGUGGGAACAAAAACAAUGUUGGCUUCUAAAGACUCAUUGGUCACUGGACAAAUAUGGGGUGCAAGCAGAUGCCAAGCUGCUGUUUACUGUUCAGCACAAGAUGCUGCGCCUCCGCUUGCCAAGCAUGAAAACUGUACGGUUGAGCGUCAGCUUCUCUUCAGUAAUAUUCAAAGUUGUUGGAGAUAUUUGCAGGACACUUGGUAUAAGACGGCCAGAAGAACUUUCUGUGCUGAAAUUACCUGAAGAUGUGAAAAAGAAAAAGAGGAAAGACAAAGACAAAGAGCCAGUCAUAGAAGAUAUCUUAAAUUUGCACAACUCCCCAGUGAGUCUCGGGUCGCCAGCAAGCCCUGGCUUAUACAGUAAAACCAUGACACCCAUUUAUGAUCCCAUGAGUGGGACCCCCGUCUCUUCUACCAUCACAUGGUUUGGUGACAGUCCUCUGGCAAAACAGAACUGGAACAGCCUUGCUUCCAGCCACCCCAACUGUACCCCAGAAACACUAGCUAAAAUGUAUCAGCCUCGAACUUUGGUUGAUAAAGCAAAACUAAAUGCCGGGUGGUUAGAUUCUUCUCGGUCACUUAUGGAGCAAGGCAUCCAAGAAGAUGAUCAGCUUAUGUUACGCUUUAAAUACUACACUUUCUUUGACUUGAAUGCAAAAUAUGAUGCUGUACGGAUCAGCCAGCUGUACGAACAAGCUCGGUGGGCUAUUCUGCUGGAAGAAAUAGACUGCACAGAGGAAGAAACUUUCAUUUUUGCUGCACUGCAGUAUCAUGUCAGCAAGCUGACAUUAUCAUCAGGGUCACAGGAUUUCACAACUGAAACUGAAACAGAUGAAGUGGAGGCUGCUCUUUCAAAUCUUGAAGUAACUCUAGAAGGUGGAAAAACAGAGGGCACAUUGGAGGAUAUCACAGAUAUACCAAUGCUUGCAGAUAAUCUCAAGUUAUUUAGAUCCAAAAAGUUGACACUGAAAGCCUUUAAGGAAUACUGGUUUGUCUUCAAAGACACUUCCAUAUCUUAUUUCAAAAACAAAGAAGCAGGAUAUGGAGAACCCAUUGAGAAACUCAACUUAAGAGGCUGUGAAAUUGUCCCAGACGUAAAUGUGUCAGGGAAAAAAUAUGGAAUUAAAUUACUCAUCCCUGUUGCUGAUGGAAUGAAUGAAGUACACUUGAGAUGUGAAAACGAAAAUCAAUACGCCAGGUGGAUGGCAGCUUGCAUUUUAGCUUCUAAAGGCAAAACUAUGGCAGACAGCUCCUACCAUCCUGAAGUCCAAAAUAUCAUGUCUUUCUUAAAAAUGAAAAGCAGAACAACUGCUCCCCAAGAUGUUUCAGAUGUAGAAAGCAUGGACAUGAAACCAGAGUGCUUUGUCUCACCAAGAUAUGCAAAGAAAUACAAGUCUAAGCAGCUGUCUGCUCGUAUCUUGGAGGCUCACCAGAAUAUUGCUCACAUGUCCCUGAUGGAAGCCAAGUUAAGGUUUAUCCAGGCAUGGCAAUCCCUUCCUGAGUUUGGCUUAUCAUACUACAUUGUAAGAUUUAAAGGGAGCAAGAAAGAUGACCUUCUGGGAAUUUCUCACAACAGACUGAUAAGGAUAGACAUGGCGACAGGCGACCCAAUUACAACAUGGAGAUUCUCAAAUAUGAAACAGUGGAAUGUGAACUGGGAGAUACGUCAGGUUGCAAUUGAGUUUGAUCAGAACGUAUCCAUUGCGUUCACUUGCUUGAGUGCAGACUGCAAGGUGAUCCAUGAGUACAUUGGAGGUUACAUUUUCCUGUCAACUCGCUCCAAAGACCAGAAUGAAACAUUGGAUGAAGACUUGUUCCAUAAAUUAACUGGAGGAAGAGAGUAAAGGGAAGUCAACCACCUUCUCUCUGUUGGAUUGCCUGAGCUGAUGAGGCUUACAGAACAAUACAGUUGGACCUUUUAUGUGUUGAAUCUGGGGCUUCUGCAUCCACGGAUUCAACAAACCAUGGCUCAAAAUUUGGGGGGGGGGGGGGGGGAAUCCAAGAGGCAAACCUUGAUUUUGCCUCCUGCUGAUGUGUAGGCCUUCCUCCAUUUCACAGAUCCUCAGUCUCUGUCUGGCACACAUUUGGAUUGUUCACCAUUUUAUAUCAGGGAUGCCAUUCUACUACAUCACUGUAUAUAAUGGAAUUUAGGAAUCCUCAGAUUUUGGUAUCUACAGAGGGACUUGGAUACGAUAAGACACCAAGGACUCAUUGUAUGUUCAUUCUCCUUGAUAUGCCUCUGUAGGCUGCUUUGAGGCUACUGACUAACUUUUUUCAUUACCGUCAUCAUAAUUUUUCUUACCUCAGGGAUUAUUGCCAAAUCAAAAUAUAUAUAGUCUACUUCACUAGAACAAGCUAUCUGUGGUGUGCCUGUGAUGCAUACUAUUUCUUUCUUCGUAAUUUUUAUUAACAAGAUAGAGCUAGCCUGUGAAAGCCAUUUGACAUUCUAAUACAGCAAACUCUGAGAGUAUCUCUGUGAGCUACUGAUUCCCUAUAAGCAAGCCUCAGUGGAGAUUACAUCUGUAUACUCUACUCAAUGCCAUGCAUCACCUAAUGCCAUAUACAGGGGCAUAUACACACUACAGAAUUAUAGCAUCAUGGUUCUUUUGCAAUUCACCUGGCUGCAUCCUAUGGGAUCCUGGAGGGAUUGUGGUUUAGGCAGAGGCACCAGAAGAGUUGUUUGAGGAUUUGAAAAGCCACUUUCUAAGCUGUAGUGUGAAAGGACCCCGGAAAAGUCUAGUGUACUUUUUAAUGUUGAGUUAUAGCCAUCCGUGUAUGAAUUGACCUUCUUCUGUGUGUCAAUAGGUCGAUCCCAGAGGAACCCCCAACCCUUGAGAAUAGAUUUAAGUGAAGUUUGGAGAGGGAGAAAUUGCAAGAGUGUAAGGCAGUGGUUCCCAACCUUUGGGCCUCCAGUUGUUUUGGACAACAACUCCCAGAAAUCCCAGCCAGCUUAGGAACUGUGAGAGCUGAAGUCCAAAACACCUGGAGGUCUAAAGGUUGGGAACCACUGGUGUAAGGGAAUCCUUUCUGCAGCGCCUUCUAUUCCACUCGCAAGCAGCAAGUAUUUGCUCCAUCCCAUGCUCUUGCUAAUAUGACCUUCUCAUUGCUGUAAGACAUUGAAAAUCAUUCACACUAAGAACUCUUAUAUUAGCUAUGUUUGCAUCCCCAUGGUAACUAUGCCUGUCCCUUUUUUAAUGUUCCUACAAUAUAUUUCUAAAUAUUUAAGUGAAGUUUUUUAAAGUUACUGCAAUGCUGGAAACUUGGAGAGAGAAAAUUUAAUGAAAAUGGCAGUGAGUUUUGUGAGCAUCUAGAGUAGUGGUUCUCAACCUGUGGGUCCCCAGAUGUUUUGGCCUUCAACUCCCAGAAAUCCUAACAGCUUGUAAACUGGCUGGGAUUUCUGGGAGUUGUUGGCCAAAACACCUAGGGACCUACAGGUUGGGAACCACCUAGAGUCACACUUGUACUGCUUUGGUGUACACAAACAAAGGUGGAGUUGGACCUGAAGCGUACUUUCAUCCUGAUGCCAGUGCUGUUAUCCCUUUCUUGAAAUCAGUGGAAUUUUCUUUGAAUUCAGUGUGUGCAAUUAUGCUAUUUGAUACUUGUAUGCAUUAUUAGCCACAGAGUGGUAAGCUGUUGAUUUGUUACAGGCCCUAUAUUAUUCUGGCUUUUAAAAAGUCCACCAUUCCUUAUUGUAGUUUAAUAUUUGAAAACUCUACCCUUGCUCUGCAAGAAUGCUAAGACAGCAGAUAUUAAACAGAUUAUAUAGGUUAUGUAGAACCAUUUACAUUGUCAACGUGUGUAUUUGUCCAAUGUUAAUUAUUGGUGUUUGCAUAUAUUCUACUUUUGAUUUUUCCCCAAAUAAAUAUAUAGUUUAGGUUUGUAUGUUUAAAUAUUUUUACGAUAUUGUUAAAUUGGACAAUAUUAAAAUGUAAAAAAAAAUACACCCCAAAGUUUCUAUAACGUCCAUAGAUAUUGGGGAGGGAGGAUACUUUAUAGGCUAAUAAGCCAUUCCUUGUUUAAGUGUAAAUGGACUGCAUUUAGAACCGAAUUUGUCUAUUUUGAAAAGUUUUUCAUUUUUUUAAUUGUUUUCUGACCUCUGUUGCCUUUUAAAAUAAUGUAAACAAUUUAAUUUCUAAAACAAAUCUUUUCUAAGAAUUUUUCAAGUAGUUUUGAUAUUUCAUUUCAAAAUGGUAAUAAACACACUGGAACUC